CGGUUAGCAACCAGGCGGCGGGAGCGGUGCGGUGUGGGCUGCUUUGCAUUAUGUGCCGCUCGGCCCUGGCUUUUUUUACUGCCGCAUUAGUCUGCUUGCAAAACUGCAGGCCAUGUCCUGCCCCAUUCCUCCGGGCGGCCUGGGUGUUUUCAGUUGUUCUUGGACUGGGCCAAAGUGAAGAAAACAGAUGUACAUCUUCGAAUGCAGUGUCCUGCACCAAGUGCCUUGCACUGGGUCCAGAAUGUGGAUGGUGUGCUCAAGAGGAUUUCAUUUCAGGUGGAUCAAGGAAUGAACGCUGUGAUAUUGUUUCCAAUUUAAUAAACAAAGGCUGCUCAGUUAAUUUGAUAGAAUACCCAUCUGUGCAUGUAAUACCAAGUGAAAAUGAAAAGAAUACCCAGGUGACACCAGGAGAAGUGCUGAUCCAACUGCGUGAAGGUGCUAAAGCUAAUUUUAUGCUGAAAAUCCAUCCUCUGAAGAAAUAUCCUGUGGAUCUUUAUUAUCUGGUUGAUGUCUCAGCAUCAAUGCAUAAUAACAUUGAAAAAUUAAAUACAGUUGGAAAUGAUUUAUCUAGAAAAAUGGCAUUUUUCUCCCGUGACUUCCGCCUUGGAUUUGGCUCAUAUGUUGAUAAAACAGUUUCACCAUAUAUUAGUAUCCAUCCAGAAAGAAUUCAUAAUCAAUGCAGUGACUACAACUUGGACUGUAUGCCUCCCCACGGCUAUAUUCAUGUGCUGUCUUUGACGGAGAAUAUCACUGAGUUUGAAAAAGCAGUUCACAGACAGAAGAUUUCUGGAAAUAUAGAUACACCUGAAGGAGGUUUUGAUGCUAUGCUUCAGGCAGCUGUCUGUGAGAGUCAUAUUGGAUGGCGAAAAGAAGCUAAAAGACUGCUGCUGGUGAUGACAGAUCAGACAUCUCAUCUUGCUCUUGACAGCAAAUUGGCUGGCAUAGUGGUGCCAAAUGACGGAAACUGCCAUCUGAAAAACAACGUCUACAUCAGAUCAACAAGCAUGGAACAUCCCUCCCUAGGCCAACUUUCAGAAAAAUUAAUAGACAACAACAUUAAUGUCAUCUUUGCUGUUCAAGGAAAACAGUUUCAUUGGUAUAAGGAUCUUCUACCCCUCCUGCCUGGCACCAUUGCUGGUGAAAUAGAAUCAAAGGCUGCAAACCUCAAUAAUUUGGUAGUAGAAGCCUAUCAGAAACUAAUUUCAGAAGUGAAAGUUCAGGUGGAAAACCAGGUAAAAGGCAUCUAUUUUAAUAUUACUGCCAUCUGUCCAGAUGGGACCAGAAAGCCAGGCACAGACGGAUGCAGAAAUGUGACAAGCAAUGACGAAGUUCUUUUCAAUGUAACAGUUACAAUGGAAAAAUGUGAUGUCACGGGAGGAAAAAGCUAUGCAAUAAUCAAACCUAUUGGUUUCAAUGAAACCACUAAAAUUCAUAUACACAGAAACUGCAGCUGUCAAUGUGAUGACAGCAGAGGACUUAAAAGAAAGUGUGUAGAAGAAACUUUUCUGGAUGCCAAGUGUUCCCAGUGUGAUGAGAAUAAAUGUCAUUUUGAUGAAGAUCAAUUUCCUUCUGAAAGUUGCAAGUCACACAAGGAUCAACCUGUUUGCAGUGGUAGAGGAGUUUGUAUUUGUGGGAAAUGUUUAUGUCACAAAAUUAAGCUUGGAAAAGUGUAUGGAAAAUACUGUGAAAAGGAUGACUUUUCUUGUCCAUAUCACCAUGGAAAUUUGUGUGCUGGGCAUGGAGAGUGUGAAGCAGGCAAAUGCCAGUGCUUCAGGGGCUGGGAAGGGGAUCGGUGCCAGUGCCCAUCAGCAUCGACCCAGCACUGCGUCAAUCCAAAGGGCCAAGUGUGUAGUGGAAGAGGCACAUGUGUAUGUGGCAGGUGUGAAUGCACCGAUCCCAGAAGCAUCGGCCGUUUCUGUGAACAUUGUCCCACAUGUCACACAGCCUGCAAUGAAAACUGGAAUUGUGUGCAAUGCCUUCACCCUCACAAUCUGUCUCAAGCUAUACUUGAUCAGUGUAAAACCUCAUGUGCUCUCAAGGAACAGCAUUAUGCAGACCAAAUGUCAGAAUGUUUCUCUAGCCCAAGCUAUUUGAGAAUAUUUUUCAUCAUCUUCAUAGUUACAUUCUUGAUUGGGUUGCUUAAAGUCCUUAUCAUUAGACAGGUUAUACUACAAUGGAAUAGUAAUAAAAUUAAGUCCUCGGCAGAUUACAGGGUAUCAGCCUCAAAAAAGGACAAGUCAAUUCUACAAAGUGUUUGCACAAGAGCGGUCACCUACCGACGUGAGAAACCUGAAGAAAUAAAAAUGGAUAUUAGCAAAUUAAAUGCUCAUGAGACUUUCAGGUGCAACUUUUAAAAAGAUAAAAAAAAAAGUACUUUAUAGGAAACUGGAUUUUUAAUAAUUGCUCCUACAAAUUUUUUGAGAAGUCACAGAGGAGACAAAUUUUCUAGAUCAUGCCAGUUGCUAGUAUUUCACUCGAUUGAAGACUGACAAGCAUCCUCAUCAUCAUGUGACUCACACUGCUGCUGAAUUUUUCAGAGAAAAAUGUGUCUUACUACUGUUUGAUACUAGUGUCAUUGUAGCACUUUACUGUAAUAUAUAACUUAUUUAGAUCAGCAUAGAAUGUAGAUCAUCUGAAGAGCACUGAUUACACUUUACAGGUACCUGCCAUUCCUACACUUCUCAGAGAGACAAUGCUGUGAGAUAGUUUUGGCAUUGUGUCACUACAAGGGUACAGUAAUCCCUGCACCAAAUAGGCAGAUGGAAAAAAUAAUAAGGCAGUCAUACUAAUGUUGCCAAAUACUUCAACAAUUGGCAAUGAAUAAAUAAGAACAGCUAGCUAGAUGAAUAAAUGGUUAGUUUUUACUCAUUCAAGAGGAACAGAUAAUACCUUAAUCUUGAGGGAUACUGCUUUUCAAAGUGUAGUUUUAUGCAUGUGUGUUUGUUUCCUUCUUUUUAUAAGAUGGAUACUAAUUCCAACGUUCUUUCCUCUUUGCCUUUAUAUUUUGGUUUUCUUUCUUAUAAGAUAGGUUUAUAUAUGUCACAGAUGACUGGAUUAAAUAAGUGCUAAGUUACUACUGCCAUAAAAACCUAAUAAUACAAUGUCACUUUAUCAGAAUACUGAUUUUAAAAGCUGAAUGUUCAAUAAGGGAAACAGUCAACUAACAUCAAAAUCUGAAUAGUUUUGUUGCUUGCAUAUGUGGAGUUUUACAUCUUCUUACCUGGUAAACUGGAUGGUUUUCAUCAUUUCCUGUGUCUAAACAUCAGGUUGAAAUUCCCAAGAUAUUAAGAAACUCUGCCUCAAGCAAGUGCCACACUUUCAAAUGUGUUUUCUCCAAUAUUUACUCAAAGUAGAGAAUAGCAUUUUUCAAAUUAAAAGCAAUAUUAAGCUAUA